GCUCCUUCCUCGACGCGCCCACCGCAAGAAAAAACCUUGGGGACGAGGUUGUGGUUUCGACAGCUUCAUUAAUUACCAUAUUCUUACUUUAACUAGACUUAGAGAUGACGACGACGGCGCAGCGAAGACCGGUGUCACGGAGAAAACAACAGUAGCCGCCGUCUACCCUCAUCCUACCAACGACAAAAUAAAGUUUUGGGAUCUACCUGGUAUAGGUGGGUACCUAAUGGUUGCUGCAAUACAACUUCGACAAGCCGUGAUGCUAAUGCGCAUGAGCUGGGGUCCGUUGUACGAGGCCGGUUAGCCCUUCUCAAAACACCGCGGAAAAACGUCUGCGCAUGCGUGGGGCACAAAAAGAUGGCGAGGAGUUUAAAUGCCAAAUUGUAAACAAAAACAUGGCUAUUUAAUGAUUUAAGGUAAUUGAAACAAACAAAAAAAUACACUAGACGGGUAGUUUAGAAUGAAUAAAAAGAUUUUAACAUUUAAAAUCUAAAACGAAACAGAAUUUAAAUUAAAAAUUACCGUUUAAGACCGGGAGGCGUGUGAACAUUUCUUGAAAAAUUGUCGAAUACCAAACUUAAAGCAGAACAGUUAAGAAAACUAUAGAAUAGUUAAGCAUUUGCACACGAUUAAAUUGUAGAGUAAAUCACUACUCUUAAAUAUAGUCAACGCAAAAAUUAUACAUGCUACGCAAAAAAAGUUAUUGACAAAAAUGUGGAUCAUAUGAACCUACAAAAAAUAUCCUUGUAUGGUUCAGUUAAAGAACGUUUUAUACAAUAAAUUUAUCAACAGUCACCUUUGGUUUAUUUUCUUGUGUGAUAUUACUUCUUGCACAUGUAGACUAUAAUUAUUUCUAGUUUUUAGGUUGUCACGUUCAUUAUUCCGCUUGCAUUUUCAUAGAAAAGGCAAAACAACGAAGUCGCUUUGAGUUUUUGACAACAUUCGGAACACUUGACAUCACGUUCGCAAUACAGAUUUCAGUAAUGUCGACGCAUGCGCAGACGUUUUUCCGCGGGUGUUCCUUCUCACCUGAUGAUUUUUCAACAGUUGUAAAGAUUCUUGAAACGCUUAAAACGUCUAAACUAUAUGGCCCUCGCAAUUAUUAAAUAGAAUGCUUGAAAAAAUCAUUAUCCAGCGGGCAGGAUACGCUAUCCGGCCUUCGUACAAGCGGUCCCAGAGCAUUAUAGAGAGUUUGGCAAAUACAAAGGCAACGAAAACGUGCUCAUCAACAAUAGCAUCUUUACCCUAAGACAAAGCCGACUAUAAUUUGGAUUCCUUUAAGGAUUUUAACAGAUUUAAGGAUUCGUAGUUGUUCAAACUGCUACGUGAUUUGCAUCAUUUUCACGGCUCAUGACCAGCCCAACAGAGUAACACGUUCAAGUCAUUUGGGGUGUUUAUGUGAAUUCGCUUACUAUUGCUACUUCAGGCAAUUGUCAGAGUUGUUUAAAAGUUUAAUAAUGUAUGUUUUAGCUCGAAUACAAAAAUAUAGGUAAUUUUGUUGGUUGCCAAACUCAUUAUUGCAGAUCAGCAAAUGCGCGUGCCCAGACCAUAAUUUUGCACUAGUUAUUCGCGGGAAAGCAUGGCCGGAUUUUUAGGGGAGGUGUGGUGAGGUGCGCACCUCCCCUGAGAUCGUUUUGCACCUCCUCUGAGAAUUUUGCACUUCCCCUGAAAAGUCAGUCAUGCACCUCUCCUUGGGAAAGUUUCAAUAAUAGAUCAAAGUGAAAAUUUGACAUUUUUUGGUUGCUUAGGGUCCACACUUCGUAAGAACGUUUUCCUCUAAAACUGAAACAGUGAUAGCCAUCCAUCUCUGUGUCAAGCACCUUUUUAAUGCAAUGUUUUGAAAGAAACUUUGUAGUAAUUGUAAUGAAGUGCAAAAUUGGAUGAGUUGUACAGCCAUAAUUCAUUAAUAUGUACACUACGUGCAUACGUCACGUCGUUGACUUUGGCCCGUUCUAAGCCCUAACCAUCCAUGGAGGUCGUGAGCUAGACCGCUGCACCUCCCCUAAAUUUUUUACACCUCCCCCACAACUUCCACCAAAAUCCAGCCUUGUGGGAAAGUUAGCCAAACAAAAAUUGAGAAAAUAAUAAUAUCAAUUUUCCUACAGGUACACCAAACUACCCAGAUCUUGAAACCUACUGCGAAAAAGUCAAACUGGAAAAAUACGACACAUUUCUUAUCCUGACUAUGAAACGUUUCACCGAAAACGACCGUUUGUUGGCCGAAAAAGUAAAAUCACUCAACAAGUCCUUCUUUUUCAUACGCACGCAUAUCGAUGCAGACUACCUGGGCCAAAAGCGAAAUAGAUCGUUCGACGAACAAGCAAUGCUUCAAACAAUUAAGGAAGACUGUUUGCAAAAUUUGGAAGGCUCAGCAGCCGGAGAUAAUGCGGUGUUCCUGAUGUCCAACCUUUAUCCGGCCAAGUGGGACUUCGCUCGUCUCACACAGGCCAUUCUUGAUGUCCUGCCGGAUCGUCAAAGAGAGUGCCUCACGUUGUCGCUUGGUGUGUUGACGAGUCUGUCAACGGAUAUGUUGAAAAGAAAAGCUGCAGUGCUUCGAGGUAUGUAAAACACGAGAAGCGCACAAGGUUGAUCCAGCAAGCUGGUAUCGCGCAGAUUCUUACUGCUUGUUCCCAGCUUGUUAAUAACAUAAUUACAAGGUUGAUAACUGAUUAACAGACUUGUUUGCUUAAAUUUCUGACGACCAACGAGAUCAAAAGACCUUCAAUACCGUUCCUUGCAGCUAAGCGUGCACAGUCGCAGAAAAAUGUCCACUCUCAUGUAGUGAAACUUGGGUAAUGGUAUCUAAUUAUAAGCAAACAUAUCUGCUAGCUGCGUGUUAUGGAAUUAUUAACCAACUGCUCACCAUAUAAGAUGCCGACAGCAGUUAUGACCCAGGGUCGAUCCACUUGUCAGCCUCCAGUCCAAAUGUUGCUGCUUCAUUAUUGAUCAUCUCUCAGUGUAAACUAGAAAAUACAUGCAUGCAGAAACCCUCGCCUUGCUGACAAAACCAUUGUAUUUUCCAAACAUGAAGUAUCUAAACUAGUUGUCAUGGUAACACGAUAAUUUUAUAAGAAUAUUCUUACAAAUAAAAAAUCGCCUAAAAAUAUCACUUUUAAUUACAAAAUUACCAAUUUCCCAACAUAUAUAUGUUAGAUAUGUUAUUAUACGUAAUAUAAGCUUCAAUUUAAGGUAAAUGAAACGCUUCGCAAAACGUUUUUAAAGUGUUCUUUAUAAAACUAAACUGCCUUUAAUUAAUGGCUUUAUCGAUAAACUUUGAGCUUGCAAUAAAAUGAUUUCAAAUUCUCGCAUGCAAAUAACUUUGCUUUCGUUUUUAUUUUAAAAAUUCACUAUAAUAAUAAAGGGAAUCAAUAUUAAAGAUACACUGAAAUUAUAUGCUGUCUUGUUUAGUUGUUUCAUAUACACAAAGGCCGUCGGGUUUUAAAGGCAUUAUAAAAUCAAUAUUUAAAACAAACUUACUUCCGUUAACGUCGGCUCCCUUCUUUUAGCCGAUUCUUUCGCAGUUUCUUUCUGAGAGAGCUUUUGAAAUUUACAAAAUCUUGCAAAAAUGCGAGCAGAAAUGAAAUAUAUUUGCAAGAAAUUUAUCAAUCAUCAAAUCAAGAAAUGUUUGCUAUUUCGCUGUCGUCAUGCAGACAUGCAGUCGUUAUAAUGCAAACUUUAAAUUGGACCAAUCAGCGUCCGCUAUUCAUGACAGUCCGCCAUAUUUUUGAGAUCAGUGAGGAUGACCACACACCCAACACUCGAACACCGUUGGUGACCCCACUGGAACGAUAAGUCAAUGCGAUAAGUUGGCCGCCAUCUUUGAAGCCGGUUAUGUGUGUUUUCUGCAGGUAGCCCCAGUCCUUUUUUACAAAAUGGAUGCGAAAAAUACAGCUUAAAAAUCGUUAAUAUUUUCUCACUUUUACUUCUUGCAAGGCAUUUAUAUUUAUCUCAGAGCACACUUAGACAACACAUCAUUUAUCUAAGGCACAUAAAAUAAGCAAAUAUUUUGUUUAGCUGCCGAAAUAUGACACGAACAAAACGAAACUCGGCAAAAAACCGCGCGAAAACUAAUGGUUUUUCUCUGAGUUUUUAGACUUUCCAGAAAGACUUCAGAGACAAUUUUAUACAAUUUAUAUAGAAAAAUCUUAGAUACGGUUGAUAAUGAAGUCCAAACAUCCAGAAACGUACUUUAAUAAGUUAAAAUUAAAGAUUAAAUUAGUAAAAAUACUUCGUGAAAAAUUUUGUGUAUUUAUUUUCGUAUAUAUACCUGCGAACAGGCUAUACUUGAGCGCCCGAAAUUUGGCUUCACCGAAACAUAGGCCUUUAUCAUAGGAGUUAUCGUUCCAGUGACCCACGCCCGCGAUGAUUGAUGAACUUUAGACUUCGCUAAUGCUUUCGUUUCCCCGGGUAUAAAUAGCCGGGGAGAAUUAGUACCCUCGCACGGCACUUGGCGCCGUCGGUUCGGGGAUAAACCACUGAGCUUUACUAAAUUACUGGAGGAUGUGCUCCUAUCUCUCGUCAGUUAAAAAAGUGUCGCCAAUGGCGGAUUUUCACGUUUGCUGACGCCAUAUGGUUCCUCCGGCUCAUGGCAAUUACCGCUGACCAACUGCGAUCCUAAGCAUCCGACAAAGACAUUCGUCCCCCCCCCCUGUUUUCGCACAAAUAUUUUAUGUUUUCGAGACAAAAUCAUGCCGUUUUUCUCCGCUUGUGGAUGCAAAAUUCGUUGUAAAGACUUUAAAAGGAAGAAUAUUUUUUUUGAAAGGUAAGAUUUGUGAAAAUUUUAAGUUUUUACCUUUUAUUCGACUAAUUCUAGAUUGGCAAAAUCAGGGGCCGAUGCAUAAAUCGAGGAAUAAGUAAUGUUUACAACAUGAGCGGCCGUGUUGUAUCAGAUAUAUAUAUAUAUAUAUGUGUGUGUGUGCGUGUGUGUGUUUGUGUCAAACACUUAUAUUUUAUAUUUACACCAAUAUUUCUGGAGCAGACAUAAAAAAACGUUGUACAUGGUUAUUUAUACAUUGUGUACAUACAUUUUGUUUCUAGUUUCAGACUUUCAGGCACUGGCUUUUGUUUUUAGUGCCAGUUUAUUAGUUUAAACAGCAGCUCAUGCAAUCUGUAGUUUGCUGUUUUAUAAAGAGCAGUUAGCACUAGAUUAUAUACACUAUAAACAAGCUGUAUUGUAUCCUUCACAAAUAUUAUAAACUGCUAAUCUUGCUAGGUUUUGUAUCAGCAUUUUCCAAUUGGCUGUGUAGUUAGGCAUUUUUGUGGGGUUGUGCACUACAUUUCAGUGAGCAUCGAGCUAUCAUUGACUUGUGCAUACCCAAAUUUGCAUGAUUUAUACUUAUAUCAUUCUUGCAUUGGCAUUACCUUGAGUGCUAGUAUGGGUCAACCUCUAUGCCUCACAAAAAUCUCCAAACAAAGAACCUCCUUUACUCAGAAAAUACCUCCAUAUUUAUUUAGGUCCCUUAGAGGAUAACCCAUUGAGUCGCAUUGCGCCCUACUUUAUUAUUUUACUCUGUCUGACGCCAGAUGAUUUUACUCGUCAAGCGGAGAGUGCUGGCAGUUAAUGGGUUAACUAGCCCAUGUGUCUAGUUAACCUAUUGAGUCACAUUGCGCCCUUCUUUAUUAUUAGAGAGUUUGGCAAAUACAACGGCAACGGCAACGGCAAUAUGGUCAUCAACAAUAGCAUUAAUCCUCAAAGACAAAGACAAAUGUAAAUUACAUGGUCUUAAGCGUUGUGCAAUGCCGUAGUUGUUGAAACUACUACGUGAUUUGCAUCAUUUUCACGGUGCAUGACUACGGCAACGGUUAAUUCGUUCGAUGUUAUUUGAGGUGUUUUAUUUGAAUUCGCGGACUAUUUUUACUUAAGGGUACGUUUGAAAGAAACAGGAAUACUUAAAGAGGCAAAUUAAGUGUAGUAACGUAUACUUUGGUUCAAAUACAACAAUAUAAGCAAUUAUAUUUUUCCCGUUGUCGUUAUCGUUGCCGUUCUAGGUUGCCAAACUCUCUAAUUGACUCUGUGUAACGGUAGAUUAUUUUACUCUGUCUAACACCAGAUAAUUUUACUCAUCAAUUGAGGAAGGGUGCUGGUACUUAAUGGUUAAUUCAGAUUUAUACAAGAGUAGUGGUGCACCAGAGCUAACAGUUUCAAACCAGAUCUGUCGAGCAGACUCGAGCUAACAGGCCAGAACCUACAGUAUAUGCACCCAUUGUAAUUAAUUUUGAAAUGUACACGAAACAGUUUCACACCAUAGAAUAAAACAAUCACAAACAAAGUAACUUUAUUUCUCAUUUCUAUUACAGGGAUCAAAGUGAUAUACAAGAACUGAAGCAAAAAUCUUAUUUGGGUGUAACAAUAUGUAGUAAUACAGUAUUUGUAGUAGUAAUCUGUUGUCGCUACCAAAAGAAAAUUGAAAAGAGAUCAACAUGCCAAACAGCCAAAGUGAUCUCACAGCUCAUGGGACUACAAAGUGAUCAUUAUACUAGAAUAACUUGAUUAUACAGUUAGUUAAAAAUGAUUGGGUCAUUCAAGAAAAUAUCCACACCUCUAAUGGAAGAGAUGGGAGGUUCAGCUUCCUCCCACCUUUGGACAUCCUAAUACUUUUACUAUUAUAAUAAUAAUAAUGGUAUUUUAAUAACACAUCAUCGCAUGAAAAUGAAUUACAAUGUGUUUUACAAUUGAUUUGAAUGGGAAUUACAAUACUAAAAGUAACUAUAUUACAAUAUAUCAUUAGAUUAUUAAAUAAGAACUUAUAACUAAGAACAAUUAUUUGUUUAAAACACUAAUCAUGCUAGGGAAAAAACUAUUACCAAAUCUAUCAGUUCUACAUUUAAAAGAAGCAGUUGAGUUCUGCCCCAUCCCACUUCAGACAGCACAAUUUCUUUCUGUGGAGUUAGUGUUUAUCUUUUCUGGAAUGACUCAUGUCUCAUUGGUAGUUAAUAAUUAUUCAUUGAAGAAUUUAAAUUAAAUUAAAAUAAUACAAUUUCAAUUGUGUCAUUGUGGUAGAUAAUGCACAGUUUCGUGCCACUUACAGAAAAUUAUAAAUUUUCAAAAUAGUAUUACGAAAUACAAACUGCAGGCUUUAUUCAAAACAUCAUAAAAUAUGCAACAAAUAGCAUGUGAAACAAUAGAUCAAAAUACCAUUUUGCUCACGAUUUAAAUGAAAUAGUGUGGCGGAUAUGUGCAUGGAUGUUUCCGAAAAGGGUUAAAAGCACCAAAUUGUGCACAGUAGCAUCUUUUUAUGAGUAGAACAACAUGCAAAAGUGGGGCCAUCGUGAAACUGUUUUUUUAGAGAGUUACGAUGCUAUUAGCAUUAUUUGCUAUUAAAUUCUACUACAACAAAAAAGUGAAAUUUUGAAUUCAAUCGCGACAAAUAUAACUUGCAUCAUCAGAAAGCUUGUAAAAAACUACAUAAAUGACUUCUAAACAGUUUUUUUAUUCUUCAAAUGGUUAUUGCUGUAAAUUAGGCACAUUAUCUCGCUAAAAGUCCCUAAUUAAUUAUUCGAUGUUUGAAAAUGCGUUUUUAACAGUUUAUAAUUCGAAAACUAUUUCAGAAAUAAAAAAACUGUCUAAACGUCUUAUAUGCAGUUUUUAUAAGCUUUCUGAUGAUGCAAGUCAUAUUUGUUGUAAUUGAAUACAAAAUUUCACAUUUUUUGGCUAUAAUACAAUUCAAUAGAAGAAAAUCGCUAAUCACCCGUUUUCAGGAGUUAGCAGCAAAAUAGCGAUGGCCCCACUUCAAAUAUCUAUUAAGCAAAUAAAACUACAUCAAUUGUAAAAGUUUGAUGCUUUUAACCUCAACGGGAACUACUGAUCAAUAAUUUUACACAUAUGCGCCUGACUAAAACGAAAGUUGAUCACUUUGUACAACAAGGCUUUAGAGACCUUUACAUACUCGUGGCUAAAAUAUAAUACAUUGUACCACAGUUAAACCCAACAAUUUUUGUAGCAAAUUUGCUCGAGUGUGUGAAAUUCUUAACUGAGAAAUAUUUUACCUGUAGUUGCGGCUUCAAAUAUCGUCUUUGCCGAUGUAUUGAGAAUAUAAUUUGUACGACUUGCCCACAUUUGAACCAGUGGUCAAGGGUCCAAAAAAUAUGGAAAAAAAUCAAAAACUACGAGAAUAUACUGCAAAGACUUCAAGAAGCUAAAAUAUUUUAAUAAGAACCAGGGGGUGUGAAAGUCGUAGCGGGCUCAAAAUUGAGCCUGGUCAGUGGUAAUUACCAUAAGUCGGAGGAACCAUAAGCGUCGUUCUGGCGUCAGCAAAGGCCAAAAUCCGCCAUGUUUUUGGCGACACUUUUUGAUGCCGAGCAGGCCUCCAGUAAUAUAGUAUAGCUCAGUGGGAUAAACCCCAAUUCUUUUUAUAUGACGCUACUAAACUUCGAGUGUCUCCACACCGAGCAAGCUGAAAAAUUGCUUGACCACGGUGGGAAUCAGACCAGCGACAUUUGGUUUGCCAGUCCAAUUAAUGCUCUACCAUGCAACAGAGCUACAAGGUCAAAUAGGUCAGGGAUUUUCACCACGGUCAAUAUUUUUUCAGGUUGUGCGGGGAGAAGCGUCAUCUAAAAUAAUUUACACGACUUCAAACUACAACAAACGUUACAUUUUAACUCCAAUUCGUUUCAGGCCGAAUUUGGAUGAUCGCGUCUGCGUCUGCCGCCGCUGCGGCUGUUCCUCUGCCUGGCCUGAAUGUUAUCGUUGAUCUUGCUCUUCUGACAAACGAAGUGAGUCUGUACAAAUCCCAACUUGGCCUUCCUCACGAAAACUCGUACGAAUUCCGAAAGAUGACCCCUGAAAAUCAGGAGAAAGUUCGCAAGUUUUGCAUCACCAGUAGUUUGCAAAUGGCAUCGUUUCUUGCAACCUACACUGCUAGCUCGACAGCUGAAGAAUUUACUCGUUUUAUUCCACUUGUCGGCCCCGCUAUUGCUUCCAGCAUUUCGUUCUGCUCCACCUAUAAUUUCCUGCAUCAAUGUCUGAAAGAAUUGGAAGAAACAGCGCUGGAAUUCCUGGAUGAAAUGACCUCGAGAACCGUGGACGAUAUUGACUAAUCAUAGACAAAGAGCUUUUGGAUUUAUUCCGCCUUGUUAUAGUUGUAGUGUUGAAAUGAGUAACGAAUAUGUGCCAUACAAAGCCAUACAGUUGAGAACAAUGACUAUAGUUCAAGUCAGGAAAGUCUUGUUAUAGAGAAAGGACCUUUGGGUUUGUUAUUACUCCUUGUGUUUAGUAGUUGCAGUGUUGAAAUGAGUAAUGAAUAUAAGCCAUACAAAACCAAGCAAUUGAGACAGUUGGUUCGAUAUUAGUGAGCCUAAGCAUGCAAGCGACGUUCUUGUCAACACGGACGUCACUUGAAAAUUGGUAUAACUAACUUUGACGGCAUUUUGUAUCAUAGCGCUCGUCUAUUAAGGAAGCGGAAAACUUUAAAAAUCUUAU